AUGGCAUCUUCAUCUUUGCAACAAGAAAAAUGCAAUCAUGGUGAGGAUACUAGAAAGAUUGUGUUAAAAAAAGGAACAUGGUCAAAUGAAGAGGAUCAGUUAUUAAGAGAAUAUGUGACAAAAUAUGGAGUUGGAAACUGGGAUUCUGUACGAAAGAAAACAAAGCUUGCUCGAGAUGGAAAAAGUUGUCGUUUAAGAUGGUUAAAUCAUUUAAAUCCAAUUUUAAAAAAGUGUCCGUUCAAUGAAGAAGAAGGGAGAAAACUUAUUCAUCUCUAUAAUGAGUUAGGACCCAAAUGGUCUCAAAUGAUUUCACAGUUUCCUGGAAGAACCGAUAACGAGUUAAAGAAUUUUAUUAAUUCCAAAAAAAGGAGUUUAAAAAAUUCUAGAAAGCACCUCAUUCCAGAAAGCAUAAACCAAGUUGAUGAGUUGAAUAACAGUGUUGGAGAAAUUAGUAACCAACAAAAUAAUGUCUCCCAAGAAGAAGAAAUGGUUCUACCAAGAAUGGAAUCUGAUCAUCAAGAAGAUACUCUACAUGGUAACUAUCUUCUUGAUCAAAUCUAUGAUGACAAAAAUAUCAACAACUGUCAACAAUUUUCAACGUUGGCUGAUGAUUCAAGUACGCUAUGCAAUAAUGAGGAGAGUACUUGUUUCAACAAUCAUGUUGUCCCAACAUUGGAUGAUACGUUUCAAGAUUUGGAAGAUAUAGUUCCAUCAUUUUCAUCAAGUAAUAUGUUUUUUGAUCAAGAUCUUCCUCCAUACAAUCUAGACAUGGAUUAUCAACUUCCACAAGAAAUGUUUUCUGACCAAUAUCUUCAAAAUCCAGAUCUAUCAUCUAAUAUGUUUUUUGAUCAAGAUCUUCCUCCAAUUCCACAAUACUAUCCAUACAAUAUAGAUAUGGAUUAUCAACUUCCACAGGAAAUACAUUCUGACCAAUAUCUUCAAAAUCCAAUUCUAUCAUAUGAGGAGCCUCAAUAUGAGAUCUUAGAACCUUGGUUGCUAUCUGAAUGCGUUCCUCUUUGGUGA